CCUAGGUCCGAAUGGGGGAUUUAAUUCCCAACGAGGCUUACUGGAGCGUGGCAGGAAGCAAAAUGGACUGGAAAUUCGUGGGAACAGGGUCCAUUGAUAUUUUGAUAAAGGAAAAGAUGUGUCCUGGGAUGGUUAAUACCGGGGCAGAAAUGAAUAUUGUAAAUGGGGAAACCGCGGUAAAACUAGGGUUGGAAGUGGAUGAGAAUGAUUUCAGGUUCCUCAAUGGAGCCAGCGACAAGACCGGAUACACUGGUGUCGCAUCAAAUGUGGUCAUAGAAAUAGGAAGAGUCAAGGACUUGGAGAAUAACUUAACUUUGGAGGAACUGCUAGAUCUAAGGGCAAGACAGAUCUGCGCCAUUGAAGAAAGGGUGCACGAAGCAGCCAUGAACGUUGCAGACAGCAGGGGAAAGGAUAAGGAAAGGCGUGACCCUUGGAACAAAGAGGUCAUGACGCAGAGAGGAGCAGUGGCAGGACCCUCUGGACCUGCCUUGAGAAAGGGAGGGCAGAGGAGGGAACAGAGAAUCUCGAGGAACCUGGAGGAGCUGCCCAUUUACAGGGUUGGAGAGAGCCUGCGAGUUUUCCUGCGAGACCUUGAGAAGUACGCCUUCAGGAGAGAAUGGGGUGACAGGGAGAAGAUUGCGAAUGUGAGUGGAGCAAGAAUGUACAAGAGGAGGAUUGAAGGAGUAAUAGCAGGGUGCACAAGAUGGAGGGUAUGCAAGGAGAGACUAUGGAGAGACAUGGGGGAAUUCCCAAAGGAUGAUGUGGAGGAUGAUUUGAGGCUCGAUGGGACCAAUCUGGAGGACUUUGUUGAGAGCUUGCAGUUGGCCGCUGAGAGGGGUGAAUGGAGCGAGGAGGAAAAGCGAAAGCAGUUGAUCGCGAGAUCAGACAAAGACGAAAAGGAGGAAAUAAAGAAGGAAAGGCUGCAAAAGAAGGUGCUAUGGAUUGGAAGAGAAGUGACUGAGCCGCAGGGGAAGGAGGAAGAGAAUGAAGAAGAGGAUAAUGUACCUCUGAAGAAGUUGAAGAACAAGGCGAGGGUCUCCCCCAAAAGCAGCAGCAAGGAAUCGGAGCAGGCAGAGGGAGAUGAACAGGAAGAGGAGGAGGCAGCAGAGGAGAGGAAAAGAAGCAUGGGGGCCAGUAUGGUACCAAGGAAGAAGAAACUUGGAAAGAAAAGGGCAAUUGAGAGUGGAAGGAAAGAGGUACAAGAAAGGGUGAGUGAAAAAGGGGAAGGAGUAGAAGAAGAUGAAGAGGGAAAGGAGGUCCAGGGAGGAGGCGAGGCUCCCAAAGUCAAGAGAACUAAGGAAAAUAGGCCGAUUGAAGACAAGGAAGAGACAAGUGGGAUAAGAAAGAAGGAAGAUGAGAAGGAUGGUCAGGUGGAGAAGUUGAUGAGAGAUAUGGAAGAAAUGAGGAAGGAAGUGAGGAAAUUGAAGAAAGAGAAGGAGGAAUUGCAAAAAGAAAUGAGCCAAUUGAGGGUCACCCUGAAUGUGCGGAGCAGAUAAUUGGAAGAGGAAGUGGUCACAAGAGACUCCCUUUGAGUCUUAUCAUUUCUGUUGCAGAAAUUCUUCUUGAAAAUCUCUAUGAAAGUGAUAUUUUAUUUUUAUGGAUUCUGACAAGCAAAGAGUCAAUAAAAGUCUAUUUUAAAA